GCCCGCUCCCAGCUGCUGCCGCCGCCGCCGCUUCCUCCCGCCGAGCUGACCGAGAGAACCGGGUAGCAGCCGCCUGCCCGCCAGCCAGCCCGCGUGCCGGGGCUGCGGUGGGCCAGGAUGUCGGGCUUCCUAGAGGAGCUGCUGGGAGAGAAGCUAGUGACGGGCAGCGGCGAAGAAGUGGACGUGCACUCGCUGGGCGCCCGCGGCAUCUCGCUGCUCGGGCUCUACUUCGGCUGCAGCCUGAGCGCCCCCUGCGCGCAGCUCAGCGCCAGCCUGGCCGCCUUCUACUGCCGCCUGCGGGGGGACACGGCGGCCGGGCCGGGGGCCGGGGCUGGGCCGGGGCCGGGGGCCGGGGCGGCCGCGGAGCCCGAGCCGCGGCGACGCCUGGAGAUCGUCUUCGUGUCCUCGGACCAGGACCAGCGGCAGUGGCAGGACUUCGUGCGGGACAUGCCGUGGCUGGCGCUGCCCUACAAGGAGAAGCACAGGAAGCUUAAACUUUGGAACAAAUACCGGAUUUCCAACAUUCCAUCGCUAAUAUUCCUAGAUGCUAGCACUGGCAAGGUUGUGUGCAGGAACGGGCUCCUGGUGAUCCGCGAUGACCCAGAAGGUCUGGAAUUCCCCUGGGGACCUAAGCCCUUCAGGGAAGUCAUCGCAGGACCCUUGCUUAGAAAUAAUGGGCAGUCGCAGGACAGCAGCAGCCUGGAGGGGUCUCACGUGGGAGUCUAUUUCUCCGCACACUGGUGUCCACCCUGCCGAAGUCUUACCCGGGUGCUGGUUGAAUCUUACCGGAAGAUCAAGGAGGCAGGCCAGAAAUUUGAGAUCAUCUUUGUUAGCGCAGACAGGUCAGAGGAGUCCUUCAAACAGUACUUCAGUGAGAUGCCCUGGCUUGCCGUCCCCUACACCGAUGAAGCCCGGCGGUCACGCCUCAACCGGCUGUAUGGAAUCCAAGGCAUCCCCACGCUCAUCGUGCUGGACCCGCAGGGGGAGGUGAUCACGCGGCAGGGACGGGUGGAGGUGCUCAACGACGAGGACUGCAGAGAGUUCCCGUGGCACCCCAAGCCUGUGCUGGAGCUCUCUGACUCCAACGCCGUGCAGCUCAACGAGGGGCCCUGCCUCGUGCUUUUUGUAGAUUCUGAGGAUGAUGGAGAGUCAGAGGCAGCCAAACAGCUGAUUCAGCCAAUAGCUGAGAAAAUCAUUGCCAAGUACAAAGCCAAAGAGGAGGAGGCACCGCUUCUGUUCUUUGUGGCUGGGGAGGAUGACAUGACCGACUCCCUUCGAGAUUACACCAACCUGCCUGAGGCUGCACCUCUGCUCACCAUCCUGGACAUGUCUGCCCGGGCCAAGUAUGUGAUGGACGUGGAAGAAAUCACCCCUGCCGUUGUGGAGGCCUUUGUGAAUGACUUCCUAGGAGAAAAGCUCAAACCAGAGCCCAUCUAGUGGAGCUCCAGCCUCCCGAGCCAUUAUUUAAAACUGUCUCCUCUGCCACGCCACCUCCUCCUCGUCCUCCUUCUCCUCUUCCUCCUCCGCCUCCUCCUUCCCCCUUUUUCUCAUCUGCCCUUGGACUUUACCACCGUGUACUGAAUCACACAGCCCAAGAGUCCAAACUCUCUGUGGUGCCUUGUUUCUGCAUUAACUCCUGAGCCAGCACCCAAAGUUGCCCAGCCUCACAGCAGCAGCAUUACCUACGGUGUUGGGAGACUGCUUGGGACAUGUGGGAUGACGGAACCUGGCUCAGAGAGGCCUGCAGUGCUCUCUCCUGGUCACCAGCUCUGGGUGAAGGCCCUGUCACAGUGGCUGAUAGAGUAGGGCCUGGCUCUGGGGUCAGUACACUUACACAGCGCCCAAGACAGCUGGAAGACAACUGCUUGGUGGCACACCAACACGCAGGAGGAGCAGGGAAAGGGCCGUUAGCUCAGCAGGCCCUGGCUGAGAGCUGUUGGCGAAAGCAUCUUUUUCCAGGGGACUUAAUCUUUUCUGGGCCUAAGGAAAACAGCAGCUUGUCAUUGGGUUCUUGGGCAGCAAACCUCCAAGUCGAAAAGGAAGCUUAUGGGUUUUGGGGUGAGGAAAACAAGUAGCUAAGGUAAUGAUUCAUAUAGUAAUUGCUUAUUUGUAUGAGUUCCUACCAUGUGGCUAGAGAUUCUCGUUCCUCCGUUUUACCUCUUCUUUGCUCUUAACUUUCCCCUGGUUUCUGCUUGCUGCUGCAAAUAGCUCCUGCUGUCUUGGAAUUUCAUUAAUGAAUUCUUUUCCUUGGACAUCUUCCCAAGACACUGGGCCCUGAGUUCUUAGAGGAGCUCUGCCAAACUGGCACCGACCUGCCUUUGCCCAGCUCUGUGCCUGAGGCUGCUGGACCUCUGCCAAGGCACCUGCACCCCCUGCCAUUACCCUUGUCCUUCUCUUUUCUUUUCAAAGCAACACUAAGAAGCAACAAGAAUUUACCUGAAGCUAAGCUUUUCACUAAAGAGAAGCUUUGGAGGGGGGCUGUGCCCGAGGACAGGAGUGAGGACAGAGGGCAGGGCAACUCUAAAGUUGGCCUUGGGCCCCCUGAGCUGGGCCCAGGUAGGCUGGCCUCUUACUUGAGCUGAGCUGACCACGAAAAGGGAAACACCUAUGUCCUUAGGAUCUGGGGUGGAGGGCCUAGGCCUAGGGACUCACAAGGGCUUCACCUGUCUCAGGUGUCAGGGUCUUCAAACAAGCCUGGGCCUUCCCCUCAGCUUCACUCGGCACUCUGCCAACCAAAACCAUUCAUUUGGAAAACCCAGUUUCCCCCAUAAGCUAUUGACACUGUUGUUCCUUACUGAAAUGGACUGUUGGUUUGUAGUUCAGAGGUACAAAAUUAGUUGGUAAUUAGACUAUUUGAUGUUGCCAGACUGAAAUGCAAUCACCUAGUAAGAAAUAAAGCAGGCAUCUCUGGA